GUCGGUACCUCCAAAUGUUAAUUAAAAUUCAAAGAUAGAUGUUAUAACUCGGAGAUUUACUUUUUAUCGCCAGAUGAUUGAAGACAACGGCGUAUGAGCGUUUCGUUUACAAGAUGAUUGCCGUAUUUGCCGUUGUUGUCCUGGUGGCAAUUGGUCAACAUUCUCAAGUAGAAGGAUUACCAGCAGGAAAGCCAACUGACCAAAGUGCAAAAUGGAAUCAACUUGUGUCAUUAUUGAACAAGGCAGCAUUAGGGGCUAGAAUUUCAAGUCCUCCAAAAGUUGCCCCCAAAACAAUUCCGUAUUCAGUCCAGACCAAACAAUCUAAAGGACAAGUGAAUUCCAAGAAUCCUAAAUACAAUCUCCGUAGCCAUAUUUCUCCAACAGUUAUUGCUCCCUUGCUCCGAGAAUUCCAGAGAAGUGGAAAACUGAUUCCUACGUACAAGAGACCUCAACAACUCCAACGAAGAAUCGUUUGGAAACCAAACACAAUUCUGCCAAACGCUGCUGCUCUUGGAAUUGAUAUAACUGCUUCUGGCAAAACUAAAACUCCCAGGAAAACGUCUGCCUUACAACCAAAGAGUGGAUCUCGACCAAACAGACAACCUUUUCCUCCCUUGCCUCUAGGAUUUCAGUUGUCAGAAAACAUUCCCGAGAAGGAUAGCGAGGACGAUGACGAUGAUAAAAGUGGUAUUCAUGAUGACUGGGAUGAUCUUGACGAUAACGUUGAUAUUUACAAAGAGAGAAUUAUGGGAGGCUUGAUGAAGAAACACGAAGAGUUAAUGAAAAAGAGAUUUUUCCAACAGAAAGCAGCUCCUGUCGACACAGGACGCAGAGUUAUGGUCGAUCCCCGAAAAAAUGACGUCAUUCAAAUGUCAGAAUUUGCAGCUAGGCGUAAAAAUAUUGCCAAAUAUUUUAAUAAGGAUGAUUUUAUAAAAUUUUUAAUUAUGGGAUUAACACGAGUGAAGAAUGAUGAUAACGAUGACAUUAAUUCAGAUAGUGGUGAGAAAGAUGCCUACACCAGAAAAAUCCACAAUCUAAAUGAGGUGAUAAGUCGUGAAAUACAAGAAGCUCAAUCAAAAGAAAGAGACGAUAAAAUUAAAAAAGAAUAUGAAAAGAAUGCUGACGAUAACUCCAUGGAGGACGACAAUAGCUUGGCAAACUUUUUCAAGGAUUAUGUGGAUGAUGAUUCAGAGGAAAAGACCGAAUUUUUGGACAAAAAGAAUGUAUAUUAUAAAGAGGAAGUCAGCACUUCCACAGAUGAGGACAGCAAUAAAUCAGUAGAAGACACAAAUACUUCACAAUCUGACGACAAUAUUUCGAUCGAAAACAACAGAGAUGAAGAUAACGGAUCUGGAAAGAAAUCAUCGGAAUAUUAUGAUGAUUAUCAUUCGUCCGAGGAUAACAAUCUCUCUAAUUUUGAGGGAAGUAUUGGAGGUGUUAGUGAGGCUAUUCAUGACAAAUCUACAGAGGAAAAAACAUCAUCUGAUAAAGAUACUAGUAAAGUUGACAACAAGGAUGAAAGAUCCUCAACUGAAACAUAUGACGAAAACUACUCCGACUAUGCAGAAUACGAUGAUACUGAUGAUAAUGGAGAAGAUUCAUCAAAGACAGAGGGAUCCAGAGAGGAAACUGCAGAGAUGGAAGAAGUAAACUCGGCAUCUGGUGAAGAAAUUGAGCAAUCAUCUAAUGAAAACUCUGUCUACAGUAUGAAUGAAGUCAGUUCUGAAAAAACGUACGAUACCCAAGAUCAAAACAGCAAUGAAGACAACACAUUUGAGGGAAAAGAGGCCUCAGCAGAAGCAAAGCUAGAAAAUGAUGACAAUAGUCAAGAGGUCGAAACUGAACAAACCAAAGAUACAAGUCGAGAUACUGAGCAAACGGAUGACAUUACAAGUAAAGAUGCCGAUGCUUAUACAGAAGAAAACAUUAGUGGCGACGUCGAUACUUACGCAGAGAAUACCUUGAGUGAGGAUGACGACACUGAGGCAGGCGACAAUACAAGCCAAGACACCGAUCCUUAUCCAGAAGACAACACAAGUCAGGACACUGAUGUCAAGCCCGAAGACAAUACAAGUCACGAUGCCGACGCUGAACCAGAAAGCAACACAAGUCAGGACACCGAUCCUGAACCAGAAAGCAAUACAAGUCAGGACUCCGAUCCUGAGCCAGAAGACAACACAAGUCAAGAGACUGAUCCUUACCGAGAGGACAACACAAGUCAGGAUACUGACGCUGAACCAGAGGACAACACAAGUCAGGACACUGAUCCUUACCCAGAGGACAACACAAGCCAGGAUACCGACGCUGAACCAGAAGACAACACAAGUCAGGAAACUGAUCCUUACCCGGAGGACAAUACAAGUAAGGAUACUGAGGUUGACAGAGACGGUAAUACAAGCCAAGACGCUGAUGCUGAACCAGAUAGUAACAAAAGUCAGGAUGACGAUGCCAAUACAGAAGACAACACAAGCCAAGACGCUGACGCUGAACCAGAUGAUAACACAAGCCAAGAUGCCGAUGUUGAUACAAAUGGAGAAGAUAACACUAGUCAGGACGCCGAUCCUGAGCUAGAAGACGAUACAAGUCAGGAGGCAAAUGCUUACCCAGAAGAGAAUACAAGUCAAGAUGCAGAUGCUGAACCAGCUGACGGCAACACUAGCCAAGGUACUGAUUCUGAGUCAUUUGAUUAUAAUACAAGUCAAGAUGUUGAAGCAGAACCAUUAGAUGACAAUAAAAGUCAGGAGACUGAAGUUGAACCAGUUGUUGACAACAACAGUGAAGAAGUCAUUACCGAAUACACUGAUGACAAUACAAGUCAAAAUACUGACGCAGAACAAUCUGAAAACGACAAUGACUCCUCAGAAGUACAUUUAACACUGGACAUGUUAGGAUUACAAGAUGACACAAACUCCAAAGAGGAGACCCAAUGGUAUCGUGAAAAAACAGAUGAUAAAUCUCAGGAAAAAUUAGACACUGAUUCUGAUGAUCAAAUCGCUUCUAGAGAAGUAAUUGGCAUGGAUGAUGACAAAAUAGAUGAUAAAAAAGAGGAUAUCAAAGAGAAUACAUCAAAGGAAAAAGAAUAUAAAAUUAAGCCAGUUGUGCUCUUCAAUGUUGAUGAUGAAUCUCUCGAGGAUAGUGACGAUGACGUUAGGGUACCCCCUCAUCCGCCAAAAAAGAUGUCCGCAAAUAGUAAACUUAGAUAUGAACUUGAAACAUUUUUAAGACUAUUCCAAAGGUGGCUUUCACAGAAAAAGUAGACAUUUGUCUUGUCUUUCUCUGCGUUUUAUCAAUCAGGAAGUGUACAGUUUUCUAGUUUCGCUCUCAUUGUUAUUUAUUAUUUCAUUACUAUAUUUUCAUUUCAG